UUUGGACACUUACACUUUUUAGUUUUUUCUAAUAAAAAUAACAUAUAAUGUUAUAAAAUAUCUUCCACACUUUUAUAAAAUGAUAUUUUUGCCACCAUUCUGCAUAGGCCAUUUUCAAAAAUAAGUCCAUAUCUCUUGUCAAAACAAAAAAAAACUUCGAGUGUCCCGGGAAUUUGAUUUACACCACGUAAAACAAUUGUUCCAUAAUCGUUGUUUUCACCAUUGAUAAAUUGCGAAAUGGUGCGGAACUAUCGAAAACCCGAUAAUUCUCGAAAAUAUACCGUGGUUUCCGAGGAAGCUUUGAAGAAAUGUCUCAAAAAAGUUGAAGCCGGAGUGAUGACCCACACAGAUGCCGCAAAAGAGCUGAAUUGCAGCCGACAAACCGUAUACAACAAACUGCAUGGGCUGCACAAAUGUGAUCCUGGCCAUCAAAAAGUCUUCACGGAAGCGGAAGAAGCAUCAUUUGUGGACCACCUUUCCAUCCUGUCCGAGUGGGGCUUCCCUGUAGGACCUGAUGAUCUCCGGGAAGUUGUUCGUAUUUAUUUGGCGAAGCAAAAUCGGAGUGUUCCGGUUUUUAAAAACAAUAAACCAUCACGGAACUGGGUGGAACGGUUCCUUCGCGAUCACCAAGAAUUGAGCAAACGUUUUGCACAGAACAUAAAGUUAAGCCGAGCAGCGAUAACACGUGAAACUAUUGAUGAAUACAUGGCCAAUCUAAAGGUAUCUCUAGACGGAAUUCCUGCUUCCAAUAUUUUUAACUACGAUGAGACAAAUCUGUCUGAUGACCCCGGAAAGAAGCUAGCUAUUUGCAAGCGCGGAUUAAAAUACUUUGAAAACGUGAGGAACUUCAGUAAAUCCGCAACUUCCGUAAUGUACUGUGGAAGUGCCACCGGACAGUUGUUGCCACCAUACGUGGUGUUUAAGGCAGAACACUUAUGGGACUCUUGGACACUUAAUGGCCCUCAAGGAACGCGCUACAAUCGAACUAGUUUCGGCUGGUUCGACGAACCGACUUUUGAAGAUUGGUUCAAAUCUCUUUUUCUGAUGGCCACAAAGCAUUUGAAAGGACCGAUUGCGCUAAUUGGAGACAAUCUUUCGUCUCAUUUGAGUCCAUCGGUUAUCAGAAUCUGCCAACAAAGAGGCAUAAAGUUCAUCUGCCUACCACCCAAUGCAACGCAUCUGCUUCUCGUGAAGGUUCUAAGAAUGCAACGAUUCCAAAAAGCAGACUCGGAAGCCUCAUCAAUGAACUUAUAAAAGCAAUGGCACCUCAAACUCGCCGUAUUCUGGUUUCGGGCUUCAGGAAGUGUGGAAUAGUACCAUUGAAUCCCCAUGAACUCCUAAGCCAGCUGCCAUCUGUGGAUGUAAAAAUCGAUUUGGUAGGAGAAUCGUUCAAAGAAUUCCUUAAGGAGCAUCGUAAUGACGUCGUCAGUUGUCCGGCUGGGCCCCAACCGAAGAAAAAGUUGAAAGUGUCACCUGGCAAAAGUGUUUCUCCAGACGAAAUUGCUAAAAAGGACCCGAAACCCAAAGCUGCCGCUCCAGCCAAACGGGGACGGAAGCCAAAAAUGGCCGCGCUAUGAUGUUUUUUAUAAUCAAGGUUUUGAACUAAAAUUCUGUUUAUUUUUUCAUAAAUAAAACUUAACUGGGAAAAAAAUUGCCAGAAAUGUAAAAUUAAUUAUACCUUCAUAAAACUAAAAUUAAAUGUUCAAAAAUAACUAAUUUUGUUAAGAAACUUAAAUGUUUUCUUGCAGUGUCAAAAGUAGCCCCCAACCAUUCCAGAAGCAACUUUUUUGGUGGCUAUAUAAACAUUUGUUUUGUUUCGCGAUUAAUUCAGCUCUUAUUUUGCAUAAACGCCACAUACAUAUUCACGUUGAAUAUAUGUACGAAUAAAAAAAAUCCAUCCACUAUUACAGGAGUUAUGAUUUCUCAAAGUUUGAAAAUUCAAAAAAAGUGUCUAAAGAAGCCCCCCAUG